ACACACUGUAGUACGUGCUUUUCCUACUACCAUGCACAAGGUUAAAAGAUAAAGAAAAAACUCGCUCUCCCCCCUAAACGCCGCCUCGUACCCACUAGCAGUUGGUUGUUCAUUGUGUUUUUUGUGCUCCAUGCGUAAGGUUACGCUCUUCGCUUUGCUGUUGUUUUGCCGUACUUUUGUUAAAAGUAAGUUUCGGCUGAUGUAAGUAUACAUUGACAGAUCAUUUGCAGCGCUUUUUUAGUUAAGGAUGGGAAAAUCGAAGAAACAUAGGAGAAAUAAAAGUCGAUCGCCGCGGGAUAAUUUUUCACCGCGGGGCAGAAGCCGGUCGCCGAGCAACGAUUCUCAGUAUCCUGUAGAUACGCGAGCGUUGCUUAAAAGGUUAGAAGUUUUGGAAAAAAGGACGCGGCGUUCUAGGUCCCGCAGCCCCAGCAGUUCUACCUGGCGGACUCGUAAUCACAGGCGCCAUACCCGCCGCGUCACGUUGUCGCGAUCGCGGUCGCCAUUACAACGGCUGCCUGUAGCAGCUGAUGGCAGGGUACAGGACCGGGCUUGUAGCCCGUCGCCCUCUUUUACACGUCCGCGUAACGAUUCUGAAAUUGGAAAUGAGGUUUUUUCGAGGCUUUCUGACACGUGUAGUGUUCGUAAUGAGCCAAACGAUACGCUAAUUAUUCAUAACGAUGAGACACUACCUGAAGAGGUCGUAAAAAUCCUCGGGGACGACCCUGAGAAUAGCAAAGAAAACAAUCCGUUUUUACACGAUUCGUUAGCUUCUCGUUGGCGAUUGCUCAAAUACCUGACCCCGGCAAAUCUCACCGAUUUGAUACCUCCAAAAAUGAACCCAGAGAUUCCUGCAGUUCUCGACAGGUAUAAUCUUGCUCGGGAUGGAUCUCAUGUCGAGGUUCAGAACCACCUGGGCAAGGGUUUGUGUGCCCUGGGUAAGGGCAUUGACUUAUUGUUAAAUGGUGACACAACUGUGAUAAAAAAUGAGUUGCUCGAGUAUCUGUGCGAUACCGGCAGAAUUUUGACAAAUUUAUUUCACCGCGAGUCUGUGACGAGGAGAAAUUUGAUUUACCCCUCUCUAAACAAGAAGGUCAAGGAACAGGUGGAGAUUUGUCCACCGUCGUCGUUUCUCUUUGGAGAUGACCUUGGGGAAAAAAUAAAAUUGGCGAAGAAUUUGGAAAGCGUCACUAAAGAUCUAAAGUUGGUUAAACCCACUAUUUUACCUGCCACUCGCAAUAAAUCGUCGAAGUGGUGGGGGGGAGGGAGUAGCCAGCAACGGGCCCCCCUUCAGGUCCAGAAUUUAAACUCUCAACGCCCGGUCCGUCGAGGGGGCGAGACGAGACCAUACAAGGGACAGCCUUCGAAGGGAGCACGUUGGACAAAGAAGGGCCAGCAGAGCCAUCCUUAUCACAAACAACGGAGGGAUUAAUAUCGCGGACACCUCCACCCUUUAUCAGGAAGCCUUACCCUGGUGGUCGCGAGGUUAUCAGGGAGGCCUUCAAACGAAAAGGACUACCGGACAAUGCCAUAGAGAC